AUGUAUGUAUGUAUGUAUGUAUGUAUGUAUGAAUGUAUGUAUGUAUGUAUGUAUGUAUGUAUGAAUGUAUGUAUGUAUGUAUGUAUGUAUGUAUGUAUGUAUGUAUGUAUGUAUGUAUGUAUGUAUGUAUGUAUGUAUGUAUGUAUGUAUGUAUGUAUGUAUGUAUGUAUGUAUGUAUGUAUGUAUGUAUGUAUGUAUGUAUGUAUGUAUGUAUGUAUGUAUGUAUGUAUGUAUGUAUGUAUGUAUGUAUGUAUGUAUGUAUGUAUUUGCGCAGUUAUAUUGAGUUGCGCGGUUAUAUUGGGUUAUAGAGUUGUGCGGUUAUAUAAAUUUGCUCUGUUAUAUAGAGUUGCGCGGUUAUAUAGAGUUAUAUGGAGUUGCGCAGUUAUAUAG